ACGAAUUCUAAGCCCAUCAGUUCUUGUUUUCAAGCCUUACAACAUUUCUUAGAAGCAGCUACCGACUUUGGAGGCCAAUCUGUAACUCUCCGCGUUGCAAGAAGUUCGAUUGACUGCGGUGAAGAGACCAAUGAAGCAGAAAGCUUUUACGUCAGCUCCAGAGGUUUGCUUGCAUCACGAAGCCAGGCAUUUUGAGCAUUUUGUGGUUCAGGGCGUGCUAUAUAAAAGCGAAUGCAACUGGUGCCAGUUGAACAAGAAAACAAUGCGAGAUGCAUGGUCAUCUGAAGCUGCUGUUGGUCCUGGGACUCCUGCUGACCUACGCGGCGGCCAAGAAAAAGGAGUCGUCGUCGUCCGAGGAGGAGGAGGAGGGUGGCGACAAGUACGAGAAGAAAAAGUUCGGUGCAGAGGAGCACAAGGGUGAGCACGGACACAAGGAACACAAGGAGUGGGAGGAGGACGAAAAGAAGCACCACGAGCUGGAGGAUCACGAGCACCACCACGGGGACAAGGGAUCGAAGAAGAAGAAGCACUACGAUGAGAAGGACGAGCACGGUGAGAAGCAUGAACACGGCGCCCACAAGAAGGGCGGCAAGCACCAUCACAAAAAGAAGCACAAGAAGGGCCACAAGGAAUUGGAAUACCACAAAAAGUUCAAGAAGGAUGAGUAUGUCAAGGAGAAGAAGUUCUACGAUGACGAGCACAAGGGCGGCCAUCACAAGAAGUACGGAAAGGAGCACCAUCACCAUGCUGAGGAGCACGGCGAGCACAAGAAGGGCGAAAAGCACGAGGGCGGCAAGAAGAAGGGCCACAAGAAACACCACGGUCACUACAAGAAGGGCCAUCACGACGAGGACCACAAGAAGUACAAGAAGGAGCACAAGCACGGGGAGAGCUUCGAGGAAAAGAAAGAGCACGGCAAGAAGGGCUCCAAGAAGCACGGCCACAAGCACUACAAAAAAAAGGGCGAAAAGCAUUAAGUAGGAAAAAGUAUCUUAAAGGCUUCCACAAAUGUGAUUUUUUUAAGAGUUGUGGCAUUAAAAACGGGCAAGGUGCUAACAAAUAUUUGUUUUAUAUUAUUUUAUGCAAGAUAUACGCACAGUGUCGAUAUAAAAAUCUUGACCAGUG